AUGAAGCCAGUCAUUCCCCUCUCUCUUCUAUUCCUCGCCGGGACCAACGAAGUCCUCGCUCGCCCAGCAAACCUCCACAUCAAAUCGAACCAUGGUCGCGCGCCAGAACAACUAUCAUCGAACAAACAAGUCCGCUCUGCUGCUGCCCCAAUCUGGAAUCCCCAUCUCAACCGCCGCGAAGUUCCCCAAGAACACUCGCACGAAAAGUUCCUGACCACAGUCAACCAAUUCCUCAAAGUCGACAACCCCGACGGAAUCACCGACGCCGUCUUCGGACUCUUAGGAAACGCCGCCGCCUCCGCCGGUCAGGGAAAAAUCUCCAACACGGAUUGUCUCCAACAAGCCACGGCAGACAGAGCAUUCACCAACGCCAAAGCAGCCGGCGAUGUGGACGGCAUGACGGCGGCGUUGAUCUACCGCGCUCUCGAACGCAAUACCGGAGCCGUGGGCCAGGCGUCUGUGGCAUGUACUGCCAUUCAAGCCGUCAACCCGGAAAUCGCUGCUAUUUCGCAACACCAAGAUCCGGCCUCGGACAAUGCGGCGGAAACAAAUAAGGCUAUUGUGCUGGAGUUGGCUGUGCAGAUUGCGAAUAUUGGUGGGAACCCUGUUGAUGCGCUGCAGAGUGGUACUUUUGCCCCUGGCCAGAUUGGCGAUCCGACUGCGGCGGGGAAUGGGUGUGAUGACCAGAAUGACGCUGUGGGGUGCAUUUUUACACAGAACUUGCUGGUCGAAGAUGCGACGGAGGAUGAGGUUAAUGCUGCUGUUGCUGCUUCUGCGACUGCGACUGGAAGUGCUGCGGCUGCUGUUGCUACGGAAUGUAGUGCGGAUGCCGAUACGACUGGGAGUGGUGCUGCUGUUGCGGCGUCAGUAACAGCCACUGCCUCUGCCACUGCAACGGCCGGAAAAGCCGCGACAGCGGGAACGACGACGGCGUCCGCGUCUGCUGCUGCUGCUACUACUGCAGCGUCACAAUCGACAAGUACGAGUACUACUACUUCAACAACAUCAAACUUGGACCUGGGAUCAUGUUCGGAUCCGACCAUCAUUUUUGCCGACGGUCUUGACGGCCGCAAAGAAAAGUCGUUUGAACCCAAUGACACGACGACGUUCACGCACGGUUCGGCUUUGAAUAUCAAGGUCAUUUCGGAUUUUAUCUGUCAACAACUCGACGUCAAAUGCAAAGCAUCCCCAGAAGCCAUUGACGCUUGUAACAGUGGUGCAGCGGCGGCACAAGGCGCGUCAGGCCAGGCUGCUGCCGAUGCGUUCAAUGCUGCCUUGGGGUUCUAA